GGAAGUUGCAACCAGGACUCAAAGAUGCUCAUUAUUUGCACACGUGGUGCAGAGCAAACAGAGCGCAGCGCUGAAGGCCACCGGACUUAAAAGGAGAAGAUCAGGAGGAAGCCACUGCACAGAUUGAGUUGUUUACAUGUGCAGAACAUCUGGGGGAUGAUCUGCAAACCGCGUCACAGUGCGACUGAUUUAACCUGCCGAUGGGAGGAUCCUGGUGCCGGCCCAGACGGAUCCAGAACCACUGAGAUGAUUUAACCGGCCAUUUCUCCUGUUGGCGCUGACCGCCUGCAGGGGGCGACGUCUGUCUGGCUUUAGGAAACAAAACUAGGAAAAUUGCAUUUUCUGUAAAAAUGCUGAAUGGAGAUCCUCAAUUCGUCUAACCCCACCAACCGGUCCAACUUUCACAGCAUCUUCACCCAGGAGGUCCUUCCCCCUUUCUACAUCGCCAUCUUCGUUCUGGGCCUGUGUCUAAAUGUUGUGGCCGCCUGGAUCUUCUUCAGAGUCCCAGCAGACUCUGGUCUGGUGGUCUACCUGAAGAACAUGGUGGUGGCCGACCUGCUCAUGCUGCUCUCCUUCCCCUUCAGGGUGCUUGAUUACUUGGGUUAUAAGAGUUUGGACCUCGAUGUGAUCAGGUGUCGCUAUACAGCCGUACUCUUCUACUUCUCCAUGUAUGUUGGAAUCCUCUUCAUUGGCUUCAUCAGCCUUGAGCGCUACGUCAAGGUUGUUUGCCACUCCCCUUCCUCCUCCACCAUCCCUUCCUUCAGGUCCAGAUUCAGUGUUGUGUCUGUGCUACAGCAUAUACAGAGGGUCACCUUUGCCCGGGUUCUGGCGCUCCUCACAUGGAGCCUGCUCUUCCUGUGUUGUGUCCCCAAUACCAUAUUGACAAGCAAUCUUCACAAGAAAAACACAACAGUAUGUAUUGAAAUGAAGACACCACUGGGCCAGGAGUGGCACAAAGUCUCAAGCCAUAUCAGCGUGUCCUUGUUCUGGGUGACACUUGUUAUUGUGACUUUCUGCUACACAUCAAUCGCUCGCCAGGUGUGCAAGACGUACCGCCACACGCGUCGCGACAGCACCAACAUCUGCCACAAGUCCAACCGCAGCAUCUUCAGCAUCCUGGUGGUGUUCUUCAUCUGCUUUGUGCCGUACCACGUCUGCCGCGUGCCGUUCACUCUGAGUCAGUUCAGCCAUUCAGGUUUCCGCUCAGAUGUCAAAUUUUGGCUUUUCCAGAUUAAGGAGGGAACACUCUUCUUGUCUGCGAUGAAUGUCUGUCUCGACCCCGUGAUCUACUUUCUGAUGUGUGGGACUUUCAGAAAGUCCCUACUGAGGAAAAUGUCAUUGAGAGCGAGGAGGAAGUCACUUACCACUGCUCAGAGUCUUAGCAACAUCGAGGAGAAGAGGACAAGGAGUCAAAGUCAAAGAAAUGUGUAGCAGUGAGAGAAAAGGGGAGCAAAAGAAAGAAGGCGGUGAGCAGCGACAAGAUCCUUGGCGACUACCCAAACUGGACUAUAUGGAGACCAAAACCAGUCCUUAUGGGCUGGUAUCUUUUAGAUCUUUCACACCUGAAUCAACAGUUUAUUACCAGACUCUCACAGCAUUGGAGGACAUGUUGAGAAGUCAGCUGUCUUGCAAGAGAAACACAUCUGAAACAUGUAGGACACCAGUCCUUGAGGAUUGCAGUUGGACAUCCCCGAUGGAAGGAAAGCAAUGUGAUGGUUUUGUAUUUAAAGGCAAGAGAAGCAGAAUAUAUGCUGAUGAUCACUCACUGACCACUUCAUUAGAAACAUCUUGCUGUUUUUGCGUUGGAAAGCCUUGUGCCUUCAGAACUGCCUUGACUUUUCAUAUCAAUGGUUCAACAAGCCAUCAGAACCAUUCCUCAGAGGUUCUGGUUCAUAUUAUGGCCUGGGCAGCUCGUCCCAACUGAUCUUGUGACCUUGCAAACAUGCCAACGUUAAUCAGGCUUUAGGGUACGCUAAGCUCAUUGUCAUGUUCCAGAAAGCCUGAUCUGAGCUUUAGAACAGGGUCCAUUAUACCGCUGGAAGAUCAGAAGACGGGUCCAUUGUGGCCAUUAAGGACUGAUUAUGGUCCAGAACAAUACUCAGCUGGGCCUUGAAGUUUCAGUGAUGCUCAGUUGAUUCCAGGAAAAUAUUCCUCCCUACCAUUAGACCAGCACCAGCAGCCUGAACCAAAGCAGAACAGAUCCAGGCCUUCAUGUUUACGCCAAAUACUGACCCAACCAGCUGAACCCGAGACUUUCUGGACCGGAAAAUUCAUCUGACAUCAAUAACUACUCUUCAUCCGAUAAACUGCUACUCACUAGAUAUUUUCUCUUUUUCAGAACAUUCUCAGAACAUUCUUAAUCUGAGAGAUGGUUGUGGGUUGAAAUCCUCGUAGAUCGGCAGCUUCUGAAAAACUCAGACCAGCUGUCUGGUACCAACAACCAUGUUGCGUUCACAGUCACCGAAAUCCUCUUUCUUUCUCAUUCUGAUGGUCAGCUGGACUCCAGCAGGCUGUAGUCAACAGGUCUAGAUGCCUCAAUGCAUUCAGCUGGCUAAUAUACAAGGACUGAACAGGUGUGUCUAAUAAAGUGGCCAGUAAAUGCAUGUGUUCUGUAUAUAAGAGUAGCACAUAUUUAGUUUGUGUUUGUUAUUGAAGGAAAAAGGAAGAGCAGAGUGUGUGGAGUGAAGUGAACGUGGCUGCAGCCUCAUCAUGUUGCUGUGAACUCUUCACCUUCAGCUGAGUCGGUUUGAGGCAGAAAGAGUCAGAAACUGGAGCACAUCCUGCUAGAAGAACAGCAAACAUGCCUUUUAUUUAUUUAUGUCACUUUUAUAUUCAAUAAAGCAUCAACUUGUGUUGAA